GCGCCUAGAGAAUGGGUAUCAAUCUCUUUCUCUGUAAAAACAUGUGAGGGAUUUUUGUGUGUGCCACAUUAGCAUACCCAGUGGCUGACACCCCGCUGUAUUUUCAGACGUCUGGUAAUUGCAGCCUCUCCCUGUGUCAGGCACACCCAGGCUGUCUUCUCCCGUUCUGGAACACAGUGCUUCUCACAGAAAUCUGUCAGCAAAAAAAGAUUUUGCUACCGGAGCCCACUGCAAGUAUACUAACUACUCCAAAUGGCGGCUUCCCCCCAUUCCUAUGAAUCGUCUCCAUGGAAACCAGGUAGCCUAAGCGGCAAAAUUAAUUCCUUUUCCAGCCCUCCUCCAUCAGAGACUUACACAACAGUGUCCUGUACUACUGAUAUCAUCUACUCUAAAAGCUUUGAAGAGACUUUUACUUCAAAACUCAAAAUAACAUCUGAUACCCAGCCGGCACAUUUUUCGGAAGAAGAUGGAGAGGCCAAGAUGAAUUCAACACUGACCUCCAUCAGGGACAAGAUGAAAUACCUGGAAAAGCAGCGUGAGAUUUUGGAGGACCGCUGGUCUAUGCUGCAGGUAGAAGAUAAUUCCGAAAAAGACUUGGAACCUAUUUACCUGUCAUACAUAAGUCGUCUCAUCGCACAGGUCAACAGUGUAAACAAGAAAAACCACCAUACGCAGAGGAGCCUGCUGGACAUGAUGGAUUCAGUCAAUGAUAGACAAAGCAAGUAUGAAGAUGAGCAGAAUCUACGCACAGACAUGGAAUACGCCUUCGUGCAUCUGAAAAAGGACGUGGACACCUGCAGUUUGGACCGCACGGAACUGGAAUUCAAACAGCGGGAGAUGAAAGGGAUAAUUGAGCUGAUGAAAUCUGUCUAUGAGCAGGAACUAAAAGAAGUGAUGGAGGAAUCUGAGGACAUAUCAGUGUAUCUGAACAUGGACCAAGGCUGUCCGCUAAACCUGGAGAGCGUGGUCCAGGAGGUGAAGGAACGCUAUGAGACUAUAGCAGCUCGGAGUCGUGCGGAGGCGCAGGCACUCUCCAAGAAUAAGUUACAGCAAGGGGUCCUACAAGCUGGACGCUGUGAAACAGAACUGGAGAGCAGUCGCAGUCAAAUUACCCAGCUGAAUAGCAAGAUCCAGCGCCUGAGGUCGGAGGUCUUAAGCAUUCAGAAUCAGUGUAUACAGUUGGAGCAGAAAGUGUCAAUGGCCAAGACAAACAGCAAUACCUCCCUCCAAGAUGCCAAUGCAAAGCUUGCUGAGGUACAAGAAGCUCUGCAAAACGCCAAGCAGAAUUUUGCCCGGCAGCUGAAAGAAUACCAGGACCUGCUGAAUGUCAAACUAACUCUGGAUAUCGAGAUUAUCACCUACAAAAAGCUGCUGGAGGGAGAAGAGAGCAGGAUACAUUCCCCAACUGUUGUAAAUGUUUACAGUGAAACCGAGGUGAGAAGACCCGAUUUCCAAAGAGCUUCCCGAUCUCGAAACAGCAGCAGUUCUUGGAGCAUGCAGAGCAAUGCGUCAGAUAACUGAGUGGUGUCUAUUGUAGUGAUCCUUCCUCUGUCUCUCUCAGCUGUCGUUCUUCCUGCCAUUUCAGGCCCAGACCUCCAAUGGAAGUAUAUUAACAAGUCCUAUUUAGGGAUUUUCAUUCUAAAGCAUAGGUUAUUAAACCAAAGGCUUUUUAUACCGAUUGCCAAGUCUGAGUACGAUAUAGUUUCCACUUUGCUAGACCACAGUACAAUACUAUUUACCACUUUGUUGAUAGUAACUAUUUUAGAGAUGAAACGUGCCUUUGUAUUAUAGUUUUCCAAAGCAUGUUUGUUUUUUUCCUUUACCCAUAUAAAAUGUCUUUUAUUUG